AUGGGAUUAAAAUUAGAAAAAGAUGAAGGAGCGGAAAACGGAGCUUCUGCUUGUGCAGAAGUAGUAAUCGAGGAUGAACCCUUAGAAUCUCAACAGCAGGAACAUCAAGUGACUACUGAACUUGCAGAAUUGACUGCCGAAAACACUGAUGAGCCAAUUGAUUUACAGGAUUUGCAGAAAGUCAUAGGACGACUUGGCGAAGUAGAUUCAACAACUGCUACGCAUGAGGAAUACCGCUGUUCGGAAUUAAAAGAAGGGUUGUCCGAGACAGAUACUGACACAUAUACAGGACAAAUCCGUGACGUGAGAACAACUGAAAUAGUUCUUGCGGGGCUUCAAGAAGAUACUGGCAAAGAUUCAGAGGGAACUGUGUUUGUGAAGAAAGCUGUGGAAAAUGAACAGUUUAAUGAAUCUGUGAUAAAAGGUGACGGUGAAGAAGCUGGUUUUAGUACAUCUCCGGAAUUUUCGUCAGAGCCAUUUGAUGAUGGUGCUUCAAUGCGAGAUGCAGAACCGGAUUACAAAGGCAAGUCUUCCCUAAAGACAAAACUUACUAAAAUUGCAGUGCCAAAAUCUGCUGCUACAGAGCUGCUAGCAGUGCCUGUAGUUCUUGCAGCUGUAGAGGCGUCAGUGGGUUAUAAGCAUGCUGUUGGGAAAUCCAUUUUGUGCAGAAUAUGUAGCCGAAACGCUAAAUUAGAGGAGUAUGGUGAUGGAGAGUGCUCUGAUAAAUACGAAGAAAAAAUUAUGCAGUUAAAACAGCUAGACUCAACUCAGGUUAUCUCAUGCACACAAAGGAAAUGGGCUGUGUUAGACUCCACUGAAAAUAAAAUGUUGGCAGCGGAUUAUAUUGCAAUGAACAAAUCAGUAAGUGAGAAAGAAAUAUAG